AUGUGGGAAGAAGACGGCGACGACAAUUCCUCUCUCUCUCUCUUUCCUCUCCGCAGGUCUGCAGGCAUAAUCGGUCCUUGACAUGCUUCCAAAGCGUGCGAAAGGCACCUGUCUCGGUGGCCGUACGUCAAUGGAGUCUUGAAUGCCGGGCAAGGCAUCUCCUUUCAAUUCGUCUUGCCCGUCGACUACGACUACCUCUCUCUUUCUCUGUGGUAGAUAUCCAAACGCAGGCGGACGAGUUUCAAGCAUUCGCUGUCACAGGAUAAGGAACGGACGGGAAUCUACCGGUCGCGGACAAACGGGUCCUCUUCGGAGAAGAGGACUGCCGAAGAAGAAGAAGAAGAAGAAGAAGAAGAAGAAGAAGAAGAAGAAGAGACUCACGGCGGCGACGGCGGUGGCGGUGGAGUGA